GAUGUCGUGUCCCUGUCGGGUGUCCCUAGGGGCGGCACUGCCACAGCCCUGCUGCUGAUCCAGCUGUUGAUGCAGCUGUUCCGCUCCCCUCACCGCACCUGGCUCCGGGCACACCACCCCCUUUUCUUCCAACCUCAGCCCUAUUUCCGUUCUCGUUUCACCCGUCCCAACCUUUAUUUCCCCUCCUCAGCCCCCACGGGAAGUUCUUCGUAAAUCUGGGGUGACAAAGCCGCCGACCCGCGCACCUUCCUCCCACCGAGGAGAAGGAAAAAAAAAACCCAAAAAAGACCCCAAAAUCCCCAGUAGAAGCGGCACGGAGCGAGUGCCGGAGCUCAGGUGUUCAAGGGGAGAUUCUGCGGGUUUUAUUCCGUGUCGUGCUGCAAGGCCCGCCCUCCCCGCACCAUUGGCUGCGCUCGGGUGGCUCCCGGCCUUUUGUACGCGGGGAGAUGCGGCUGUCAGCCCGCCCGGCUCCCCAUCCCGGCUCGCUCCCGGACUAGGAAUGGGCAGCAGGAGCUCGCCCGCCGCCCUGCUGCUGGCCCUGUGGCUCGGCCAGCUGGGCGCCUGGGCAGCGGCGCGCCCCAAGGUGAACCCCAGGAUCAUCGCGGCUCCCCAAGGUGCCAAGGAAUAUGUGUUCCCGCGGUGGGAGAGGUUCCCGGUGUUCUUCCACCAGGAAAACACCUCCUCCAUCUACGUCGGGGGCGAGGGGAGGCUCUACUACUACGACUUUGCCACCCGCGAGAACUACACGGAGGAGUUCCCGGUGAAAAAUGAAGGGCAGUGUGUGACCUCUGGGAAUUUGGUAGGUGCCACCCCUGAGGGAACAGCAGGAUGGGGAGAUUUGGGAUUUAGGGUGAAGGAGGGAACACUUCCCUGCGGCAUUCCCAGCUCGGCCAAGCAGGAGUUAAGCUGA